UCGGCUGUCUUCCUCAGUCUCUCCGCUCCACCAACUCCCCUAUCUCUCCUUCACAGUUUCCACUAUAUAAAUUCUCUCUUUACAGAUCCCCUUCUCGCACCUAACCUUCCUUCUCGCACCUACCCUUCCUUGCUUUGUCAUCUUCUUCCCAGCUUACUUUCCUCCCUCUCGUCGGAAGCAAUGGGCAGCGUGUCGUCGGAGAAGACCGUCACUGGCUACGCCGCUCAUGACGCUUCCGGCAUCCUCACCCCUUUUACAUAUACCCUAAGGCAAACUGGGCCGGAGGAUGUUCUGAUAAAGGUGCUCUAUUGCGGCAUCUGCCACACAGAUAUACACCAGACGAAAAACCACCUUGGCAUGUCCAAAUACCCGAUGGUCCCUGGGCAUGAGGUGGUCGGAGAGGUGGUGGAGGUAGGCUCUGAUGUGACCCGAUUCCACACCGGCGACACCGUCGGUGCCGGUGUGAUCGUCGGUUGCUGCCGCACCUGCGAGCCUUGCAAGGCCAACAUCGAGCAGUAUUGCAGCAAGCGCAUAUGGUCCUACAACGACGUCUACACGGAUGGCAAACCCACCCAAGGCGGCUUCGCCUCCGCCAUGGUCGUCGAUCAAAAGUUUGUGGUGAAGAUUCCGGCGGGGCUGGCAGCAGAGCAGGUGGGGCCACUUCUGUGCGCGGGGCUAACGGUGUACAGCCCACUGAAACACUUCGGGCUGAUGAGAAGCGGGUUGAAGGGGGGAAUACUAGGGUUGGGUGGGGUGGGGCAUAUGGGAGUGAAGAUAGCGAAGGCGAUGGGGCAUCAUGUGACGGUGAUAAGCUCGUCGGAUAGGAAGAGGACGGAGGCGAUGGAGCAUUUGGGUGCGGACGCGUACCUUGUGAGCUCCGACGAAGCGGCGAUGGGGGCCGCGGCGGAGGGAUUGGAUUACAUUAUUGAUACGGUGCCUGUGUUCCAUCCACUGGAGCCGUACCUGCCGCUGCUUAAGGUGAACGGGCAGAUCAUCCUGAUGGGAGUCAUCAAUCAGCCGAUGCAGUUCAUCACGCCCAUGAUUAUGCUCGGCAGAAAGUCCAUAUCUGGAAGCUUUAUUGGUAGCAUGGCUGAGACUGAAGAGAUGUUGGAGUUCUGUGAGAAGAAGGGUUUGAGCUCCAUGAUUGAGAUUGUGAAGUUUGAUCAGAUCAACGAGGCUAUGGAGAGGUUAGAGCGCAAUGAUGUGAGGUAUCGCUUUGUUGUUGAUGUUGCAGGAAGCAAACAGAUUGCAUAAUUUCCCACCAAACUUAUAGAGAUAAUCAAUCUACGUUGGUUUUAUAAUUCCAAGGGAGGAUUCUUCUUUCUUCGUCAUAUUUGCUUGUUUUCAUUAUUUGUAUUGUACUGUGUGAUGUACGAAGCUUACUUCUGUCAUAAUGGUUUUAUCGAUGAGUUUGGCAGCAAAGUUGACCUUUUUUUCUUUUUAUUCCUUGGGAAAGUGAAAUAAUGCUCUUGCUUCU